AUAACAGCUAUAAUAAUCAACUAUUGAUACAGCGCGUUACAUUUUAUAUGGAUACAUUGGCUGGAUCAUAUGGACAUCAAUAUAAAUCGCAAAGUACACAAUUGCUUGGUACGUUACUCUUUGUGUUGUACAUACACAAUGCACACAUAUAUGCAUGUGUAUGAAUGCACACGUCUACAUACAUGGAUGUCUAGGAGUGCACAUGAGCAGUCCCACAGUGAGUUAAAAGGAAUAUUGCACUAUUACUGGUCAUAAUUAGUUGUCUUCCUUUGGAUGACCGGCUCACAUUAUGAUGUCUGAGAUGUGUGCAUGAAUUUAGUUCCAAAGAAUGUGUGGAUCAACAUAAACAUGAAUCAGGAAGUAUACACUUUUGAUGUGUGGAUCAUUAUCUGAUUAUCAUUAAUUGGUAGGUGAACAUCGAUGUAGAGCACAGAGUAUACCUAGUUCAAACUUCUCAUGACCAAUUAAUGAUAAUCAUUAUCUGAUUUAACUGUUAGGUAAUUAAACUCAUGAAACCAGGUACAAAAGGUGAGUAGCAACACAUACGCGAUAAUAAAAUUGUACAUAUGGUACAUGAUGGUUCAACUGAAAAAGAAAAGUUUUAUUACUAAACCUAUGCAAUUUGAUAUUAUAGGACAUGUUUUUAGCUGGGACAGACACAACAUAUACAGUAAUUGAAUGGGUGAUGGCAGAGCUCAUCAAGAAUCCAGAUGUAAUGAAGAGAGUACAAGAAGAGGUUCGAGGAAUUACUUUAUGUAGAGGAGAGAUCACAGAGGAAAGCAUUGAUAGAAUGAAGUACUUGAAAGCAGUAAUUAAAGAAACUCUACGGCUGCACCCUCCUGGUCCUUUGUUACUUCCUCGAGAAACAAUGGAAGAAGUUGAACUACAAGGUUAUCAUAUUCCGGCUGGAACUAGAGUCAUUGUCAAUGCUUGGGCAAUUGGAAGGGAUCCAAGAUCAUGGGAUAAGCCUGAAGAAUUUUAUCCUGAAAGAUUUAUCAAUUGCGACAUUGAUUUUAAAGGACAAGACUUUAAGCUUAUACCCUUUGGUGCUGGAAGAAGAGGUUGUCCUGGAAUUGAAUUUGCUAUGGCUACAAUUGAAAUCACUCUUGCUCGUCUCUUGGGUCACUUUGAUUGGGAAUCGGCUGAUGAAAUGCAAGGAGAAGUUCUAGAUAUGAGUGAGUCACCUGGACUUACUGCUCACAAGAGAUCCAGUCUUGUUCUUGUUGCUAAAUUGCCAAUCACUUAGCUUAAUACAAGUAACUUUAAUGUCUUAAAUUAUCAUCCUUCACUCUUGUAGUCCUAUUGACAUAUGUAAUAAGAAGUGGAUAUAUAUCUUCCUCAAACAGUUGUACUCUUGGAUA